ACUCUUAUGCAAUCAAUUUUGGGGCCUUUCUCUUCGGAGUAAAUUCUUGCAAAGAAAAUUGCUGUUGAGAUGAAACUUUGUAGCUUUGGAGUCCUUGUAGCCAUCAUCCUCUCCUGGGAGCAGCAUGUCUUCUCGUUUCAGAGUGGCCAGGUUUUAUUGGCUCUUCCUAGAACCUCUAGGCAAGUUCAAGUUCUGCAGAAUCUUACUACAACAUAUGAGAUUGUUCUCUGGCAGCCAGUGACAGCUGAUAUCAUUGAGAAGAAAAAAGAAGUCCAUUUCUUUGUGAACGCAUCUGAUGUAAGCAACGUGAAGGCCCAUUUAAAUGUGAACAGCAUCAUAUUCAGAGUCUUGCAGGAAGAUGUGGGAGCUAUUAUUCAACAGCAGAUCUCCAACAACACGGUCAGCCCCCGAGCCUCCUCAUCAUACUACGAACAGUAUCACUCGCUAGAUGAAAUUUAUUCUUGGAUAGAAUAUAUGACUGAGAAGUAUCCUGAUAUGGUUAAAAAAAUCCACAUUGGAUCCUCAUAUGAGAAGCAUCCACUUUAUGUUUUAAAGGUUUCUGGAAAAGAACAAAAAGCCAAAAAUGCGAUAUGGAUUGACUGUGGAAUCCACGCCAGAGAGUGGAUCUCUCCUGCUUUCUGCUUGUGGUUCGUAGGCAGCGUAACCUAUUUAUAUGGAAUGAAUGAGAGGUAUACCGAUCUUCUGAAUAACGUGGAUUUCUACGUUAUGCCACUGAUUAAUGUGGAUGGUUAUGACUACACAUGGAAAAAGGAUCGAAUGUGGAGAAAGAACCGUUCUCUUCAUGGGAACAGUGGUUGCAUUGGAACAGACCUGAAUAGGAACUUCGCUUCCAGACACUGGUGUGAGAAAGGCGCAUCAAAUAUUUCGUGUUCAGAAAUCUACUGUGGACCUUAUCCUGAGUCAGAACCAGAAGUGAAGGCGGUGGCUAAUUUCCUGAGAAGAAAUACUGACCACAUUAAAGCUUACAUCAGCAUGCAUUCAUACUCCCAGAAGAUACUGUUUCCAUAUUCCUACAGCAAAAUCAAAAGCAAAGACCACGAGGAGCUGUCUCUAGUGGCCAGUGAAGCAGUUCGUGCUAUUAAGAACAUUCACAAAAAUAUAAGGUAUACAUAUGGCAGUGGCUCAGAAAGUUUAUACCUAGCUCCUGGAGGUUCAGAUGAUUGGAUCUAUGAUUUGGGCGUCAAGUAUUCGUUUACAAUUGAACUUCGAGAUACAGGCAAUCAUGGAUUCUUGCUGCCACAGAGUUACAUCAGGCCCACUUGUGAAGAAGCUCAGUACAAAAUGUCAAAAAUUAGAAGGAAGGUCACAGUGGAAAAUACCAAGACCAUAUCUGAUAGCACAUCCAGAAGACCCAGUGUAUUUGAGAGGCUUGGACCCAGCACUGGCAGUACAGCAGAGACACAGUGCCGUAACUGGCUGAAGACUGGCAACUGCCUCUAUGGAAACACAUGUAGAUUCGUACAUGGCCCUUCACCUCGUGGUAAAGGUUAUAGCAGCAAUUAUAGAAGGUCACCAGAAAGACCUACAGGGGAUCUUAGAGAAAGAAUGAAGAACAAGCGCCAAGAUGUGGACACCGAGCCCCAGAAAAGAAAUACAGAGGAGUCAUCCUCACCUGUUAGGAAAGAAUCUUCAAGAGGGAGACAUAGGGAAAAGGAAGACAUAAAAAUCACUAAGGAGAGAACUCCAGAAAGUGAAGAAGAAAAUGUAGAAUGGGAAACUAAUAGAGAUGAUUCUGACAAUGGAGAUAUUAAUUAUGAUUAUGUUCAUGAAUUAUCAUUGGAAAUGAAGCGUCAGAAGAUACAGAGAGAAUUAAUGAAGCUGGAGCAAGAAAACAUGGAGAAGAGGGAAGAAAUUAUCAUUAAAAAGGAGGUUUCACCAGAAGUGAUUAGAUCAAAAUUAUCUCCAUCACCUUCUUUAAGAAAGUCCAGCAAAUCGCCAAAGCGAAAAUCAAGCCCCAAGUCAUCCUCCGCUAGCAAGAAGGACAGGAAGACAUCUGCCGUGUCUUCUCCCCUUUUGGACCAGCAGAGGAAUUCAAAAAGUAACCAAAGUAAAAAGAAAGGACCACGCACUCCUAGUCCACCCCCUCCUAUACCAGAAGAUAUUGCCUUGGGGAAAAAAUAUAAAGAAAAGUAUAAAGUAAAAGACAGGAUAGAAGAAAAACCAAGAGAUGGAAAGGAAAGAGGAAGAGAUUUUGAAAGGCAAAGGGAAAAAAGAGACAAGCCAAGGUCUGCUUCCCCAAUAGGACAGCAUCAUUCUCCAAUAUCUUCCAGACAUCACUCAUCUUCCUCCCAAUCAGGAUCAUCUAUUCAAAGACAUUCUCCUUCACCUCGUCGAAAAAGGACUCCCUCACCAUCUUAUCAGCGGGCAUUAACUCCACCUUUACGGCACUCUGCUUCUCCUUAUCCUUCAAAUUCUUUAUCUUCUCCUCAAAGAAAGCAAAGUCCUCCAAGACAUCGCUCCCCAAUGCGAGAGAAAGGAAGACAUGAUCAUGAACGAAGUUCACAAUCUCAUGAUCGGCGUCAUGAAAGGAGGGAAGAAACUAGAGGCAAACGGGAUAGAGAAAAGGACACAAGAGAAGAACGGGAGUAUGAACAGGAACAGAGCUCUUCUAGAGACCACAGAGAUGACAGAGAACCUCGGGAUGUUCGGGAUCGGAGAGACAUCAGAGAUACUAGAGACCGAAGGGAACUAAGAGACUCCAGAGACAUUCGGGACUCCAGGGAAAUGAGGGAUUAUAGCAGAGAUACUAAAGAAAGUCGUGAUCCCAGAGAUUCUCGGUCCACUCGUGAUGUCCACGACUACAGGGAUCGUGACAGUCGAGAUACUCAUCGAAAGGAAGAUAUGUAUCUGGAAGAAUCUCGUAGUUAUGGCAGAAACCAUUUGAGAGAAGAAAGUUCUCGUACCGAAAUAAGAAAUGAUUCCAGAAAUGAGUCUCGAAGUGAAAUUAGAAAUGACCGGAUGGGCAGAAGUAGGGGGAGAGGUCCUGAGUUGCCUGAAAAAGGAAGUCGAGGCACAAGAGGUUCUCAAAUUGAUAGUCACAGUAGUAGUAGCAACUAUCAUGACAGCUGGGAAACUCGAAGUAGCUAUCCUGAAAGAGACAGAUACCCUGAAAGAGACAACAGAGAUCAAACAAGAGAUUCUUCAUUUGAAAGAAGACACGGAGGAGAGAGAGACCGUCGUGACAACAGAGAGAGAGCUCCUAUGUUCUACACCUCCUGCUGCCCCUAUCCUUUGCCACCAGUGUUCUCAGGUCCUGCUGGGGGGACAGAGAAGAUCAGAGAUCAAAGACCAAGCUCACCAAUUCGACAUCAGGGAAGGAAUGACGAGCUUGAGCGUGAUGAAAGAAGAGAGGAACGAAGAGUAGACAGAGUGGAUGAUAGAAGAGACGAAAGGGCUAGAGACAGAGAUCGGGAACGAGAACGGGACAGGGAACGGGAGAGAGAGAGAGAGCGAGAACGGGAUCGGGAAAGAGAAAAAGAAAGAGAACUAGAAAGAGAGCGUGCUAGGGAACGGGAGAGAGAAAGAGAAAAAGAGAGAGAGCGUGAAAGGGAUAGAGAGCGUGACCAUGAUCGAGAGCGGGAAAGAGAGAGGGAACGAGAUAGGGAAAAAGAGCGGGAGCGAGAGAGGGAAGAACGGGAGAGGGAGAGAGAACGAGAACGGGAGAGAGAGAGGGAGAGAGAACGAGAACGAGAAAGAGCGAGAGAAAGGGAUAAAGAACGAGAACGUCAAAGGGAUUGGGAAGACAAAGACAAAGGGCGAGAUGACCGCAGAGAAAAGCGAGAAGAUAUCCGAGAAGAUAGAAAUGCGAGAGAUGGACAUGAUGAGAGAAAAUCAAAGAAGCGCUAUAGAAAUGAAGGGAGUCCCAGCCCCAGGCAGUCACCCAAGCGCCGGCGUGAGCAUUCUCCUGAUAGUGAUGCCUACAACAGCGGAGAUGAUAAAAAUGAAAAACACAGACUCUUGAGCCAGGUUGUACGGCCACAAGAAUCUCGUUCUCUUAGUCCAUCACACCUUACAGAAGAUAGGCAAGGUCGGUGGAAAGAGGAGGAUCGGAAACCAGAGAGGAAAGAGAGUUCCAGGCGCUAUGAAGAGCAAGAACUCAAAGAGAAAGUUUCUUCUAUAGAUAAACAGAGAGAACAGAUAGAAAUCCUGGAAAGCUCAAGAUUACGUGCACAGGACAUUAUAGGACGCCACCAGUCUGAAGAUCGGGAUACAUCUGAUCGAACUCAUGAUGAAAACAAGAAAAAAGCAAAAAUUCAAAAGAAACCUAUUAAGAAAAAGAAGGAUGAUGAUGUCGGACUAGAGAGGGGUGCCAUAGAGACAACAUCUGAAGAUGGUCAAGUAUUUUCACCAAAAAAAGGACAAAAGAAGAAAAGUAUUGAAAAGAAACGUAAAAGGUCCAAAGGUGAUUCUGAUCUUUCUGAUGAGGAAGCAACCCAACAGAGUAAGAAGAAAAGAGGCCCACGGACUCCCCCUGUAACAACUAAAGAGGAAUUUAUUGAAAUAUCCAGUGACAAGGAUGGCACUCUAGAAGAUGCUCUGAGAAAAGAAGACAUAGCGUUCAGUGACUGGUCUGAUGAGGAUGUGCCUGACCGCACGGAGGCCGUGGAAGCAGAGCAUGCUGCUGCCGCUGCUACCCCUGGGAGUACCCCUCCUCUGUCUUCUCUUCUUCCUCCUCCCCCACCUGUGGCUGCCGCCACCACUGCUGCUCCUGCUACUCCUGCCAGUGCUGCUGCCGCCACCACAGUUUCCACCUCUGCUACUCCCACCAGUGCCACCAAUACUACUUUUGCCAGUGAAGACUCCCAUAGAAAAUGCCACAGACCCCGAGUAGAAAAAGUAGAGGCACCUCAUGUUACCAUAGAAGAUGCAGCACAUCGCAAGCCAGUGGAUCAAAAGAGGAGUAGCAGCCUUGGGAGCAAUCGGAGUAAUCGCAGUCAUACAUCUGGCCGUCUACGCUCCCCAUCCAACGAUUCUGCCCAUCGAAGUGGAGAUGAUCAAAGUGGUCGGAAGAGAGUACUGCAUAGUGGCUCAAGAGAUAGAGAAAAAACAAAAAGCCUAGAAAUCACUGGAGAGAGAAAAUCUAGGAUUGAUCAGUUAAAGCGUGGAGAACCCAGUCGAAGUACUUCUUCAGAUCGCCAAGAUUCAAGAAGCCAUAGUUCAAGAAGAAGUUCUCCUGAGUCUGAUCGACAGGUCCAUUCUAGAUCUGGGUCAUUUGAUAGCAGAGAUAGGCUUCAAGAACGAGAUCGAUAUGACCAUGAUAGAGAGCGUGAGAGAGAGAGGAGAGACACAAGGCAGAGAGAAUGGGAGCGAGAUACUGAAAAAGAUUGGCCACGGAACAGGGAUCGGGAUAGACUGCGAGAACGAGACAGAGAACGAGACAAAAGGAGAGACUUGGAGAGGGAAAGAGAGAGGCUAAUUCCUGAUUCUGUCGAAAGGGACAGAGACAGAACUUUUGAGAGUUCUCAAAUAGAGGCUGUGAAACGCAGUGAAGCAAAAAUGGAGAGUGAGCAUGAGAGAGACAUAGAGGGCACUUCUCGAGACUCUGUAUCUCUGGAUAAAGAAAGAGUAGAUAAAGAUCUGGGAUCUCUGCAGGGAUUUGAAGAUAUAAGUAAAUCCGAGAGAACUGAGAGUUUGGAAGCAGGAGAUGAUGAGUGCAAGUUAGAUGAUGCACAUUCAUUGGGCUCUGGUGCUGGCGAAGGAUAUGAGCCAAUCAGUGAUGAUGAACUAGAUGAAAUUCUGGCAGGUGAUGCAGAAAAAAGGGAGGACCAACAAGAUGAGGAGAAGAUGCCAGAUCCCUUAGAUGUGAUAGAUGUUGACUGGUCUGGUCUUAUGCCAAAGCAUCCCAAAGAACCAAGAGAACCUGGGGCCGCGCUUUUAAAAUUCACACCUGGAGCCGUUAUGCUGAGAGUUGGGAUUUCUAAAAAGUUGGCAGGUUCUGAACUCUUUACAAAAGUCCAAGAAAUGUGUCAGAGGAUUUUAGAAAAACCCAAAGAUGCAGACAAUCUUUUUGAACAUGAAUUGGGGGCUCUCAACAUGGCUGCAUUACUACGAAAAGAAGAACGAGCAAGUCUUCUUAGUAAUCUUGGACCAUGUUGUAAGGCAUUAUGCUUCAGGCGAGAUUCUGCAAUCCGAAAGCAGCUUGUUAAAAAUGAGAAGGGUACUAUAAAACAAGCUUACACAAAUGCUCCAGUGGUAGACAAUGAAUUACUACGAUUGAGUCUUCGGUUAUUCAAGCGGAAGACUACUUGCCAUACCCCAGGACAUGAAAAGACUGAAGAUAAUAAACUUUCACAGUCCAGUGUCCAACAGGAACUGUGUGUGUCUUAAGAGUGGAGAUCAGCAUGACAUUUUUGUACUGUCUUCCUUCUGCAGUACAUAUUCUUUUUCAAAGUUGUUUGGUUUGACAAGCAUUAUUAGUGACAGAAGCAGGAAAAAUUUAUGAGCCACGCUGAAAGAGUGAAGAACUUUGAUCUUUAAAGACACUGGUUUUGGCUAACUUCAGAUUUUACAUCUGUUUUUACGUAGUACUUUGAUACUCAUGCAAAAUAAUGUGAAAAUGUCUAGAUUUGGUAGUUUAUUCUGUACCUUUUGUUAAAACUGAAGAUUUUGGGAAAUGAUUGUCACUGCUCUUCCAGCCUACGAAUAUUUUUUAUUAAAUGGAACCACUUAUUUAUGUUCUCGAUCGUCCAUACAGAAACCACAAUUUUAUUCAGAAACAAUGUGUUCAUCAAGUAACUGCACAUGUUGUGCAGCAGCGUGUUGUACAGAACAUUUGAAAGGGAAUGCUGGGGUAGUGUGGUGUCUUGGUAGGCAAGUCGCCAGCAGGAGAGAGACAGAAUUUUCUUUUUCCUUUUGAAAGUUUUUAAAAAAUUACUUCAUGGGUCUUUUUUUUUUUUUUUUUUUUUUUAGUUUGUGUGCAUUGUUACAGUGUAUAGUGGAUGCCUUUAUUCUAAAUGAUUUGUUUGUUGUCAGAGACUGUGUACUGUUUUUAUUUUUAAUAAAUGUAUGUUCCCCUUUGCUUGUUCUAGACUUCAUCUGCUCUUCAUUAGUCUUAUUUCCUUUGUUCUUUAAUCAUAUUCCUGAAGUUCUGAAACAUUUGUCGACAACACUACAUUUUUCAAGCUUCAGAUAUUUCACACCUGUGCUGUAACUAGUGGGUAAGAGUUGAGGCUAUACUUCAAAUGCAGUUCAUCAGUACUUUAAGCAAACCAAGAGUUAACAGUCAUA